AUUGUCAAACUUGUCAUCGUCAGUAAAUUUUGUGGAAAUCGUGUAAAUAAUUCUUUUGGAUUGUAAAUCCAAGAUGAAACAGAUUUUUUGUCGUGUUUCAUCGCAAUCAACAGUUACUGUUUCCAUAUCACCUAAAUCCCGCCGAAGGACCUGCAUUCCAGUGAAAAUUUGAAAAAUAUAGUGCCAAUGAACUACAAGAAAUUAGUUUUCCUUAGUGAAAAUUCACACGUGUUAAUUAAAAAAUUAGCGGAAUUUAAUGAAAUACUAGUCAGUUUUUAAUCAGUUUAUUGGAUGGAACAAAUUAUGAAAUAUAGGUAACGUUAUGUAUGACUAUUACGAGUCGGAAGAGCAUAAAAUGAUGAAAGGCACUCUCCGGGAUUGGCGCAAGGCCUUGCGUACGCCAGCCACCUACAGGGUGGGAAACACCGUCAGAAUACAGCCGCAGUUUGUCCUCUUAGUCAGCUUAAUUGGAGGUUUCCUCCUCAUAUUGUUUUACUACAACUGGUGGACGGCAAGGCAGGCAGAAGUUACACACAGAUGGUCGCCCAUAAUUCGGCCAUACAACGCCACAUAUCCCCUUACACCUGCAUUAAUAUCAGGAGAUGUAAGGACAUACCGAAUAGGUAUAGUUGCAGAUUUAGAUACAAAUUCUAAGAGCAAAUCAAAGGCUCAUACAUUUAAUAGUUAUUUAAAAAGAGGAUCUUUAAUUUAUAAUCCAGUGCAGAACACUGUAACAGUGACAUGGGAUACUCAGCCAGCAACCCUGCUCACUUCUACAUAUGCACAGAAAGGAAGAGGCAUGGAAUUGUCCGAAUUAAUUGUAUAUGAUGGGAGACUGCUGACAUUUGAUGACCGCUCUGGUGUGGUGUUUGAAAUAAUAAAUAACAAGGUUGUGCCAUGGGUAGUAUUAUCCGAUGGGAAUGGAAUGAUGGAGAAGGGCUUCAAGACGGAGUGGGCUACAGUAAAGGAUGAGAUACUUUAUGUAGGCUCUAUGGGCAAAGAGUGGACAACGUCCAGUGGAGAGUUUCAGACGUAUGAUCCGAUGUGGGUGAAAGCAGUCAAUAUGAAUGGGGAGGUCCAACACCUUAGUUGGGUGAACCAAUAUAAGGCAGUGAGAAUGGCUAUAGGCAUCAAAUGGCCCGGUUACAUGAUCCACGAGUCUGGCGUCUGGUCUCCCAUGCUGGAGAAGUGGCACUUCCUACCCAGACGGUGCAGUCAUGAACCAUAUAAUGAAACCAGAGACGAAGUUAUGGGUUGUAACUACCUGAUAACUGCUGAUGCUAACUUCCACCAAAUUCAAGCUUCUGAGAUCACCAAACACCAGCCGAAGCUUGGCUUCUCCUCGUUCAAGUUCAUUCCAGGAUCGAGAGACGAGGCCAUAGUGGCUCUCAAGACCACAGAAUUUGAAGGAAAAACUGCCACAUACAUUACUGCAUUUAAAACCGACGGCACAACGCUCAUGGUUGACACCAUUGUGGAAAACCUCAAAUAUGAAGGCAUAGAGUUCAUAUGAACGUGAUAUAAAUUCAUAAAAAUAGCAAAUAAUAUUAUGUAAAUAUGUACAAUAUACUAGUUUUGUUACAA